GUAUUUACUUCAGUGUGCAGCACGGGGCGAAGUGCGCGCUGAGUUUGGUAAUAUUUAACAGGACAGUUUUGGGUGACAUGGCUGUGCGGUGCUCGACCACGGAGACGCCAAACUGAGGUGGGUUUCUUUUUUUUUUUUUUUUAUCCUCCGCACCCUCCAUGUUCAUGGACGUCAAAUCGCGUUGAACAAUGGAUUGACUUUCUCAACUGAUGAAACAUGGACAUCGAUUAUCUGCUCCUGGUCCUUCUUUCAUGCAGGAUUCAAGCAGCCCGGGAUCAGGUGCAGCUGUCGCCUGAAACGCUAACGGUCCUGCGAGGACAGGAGGCCCGGCUUACCUGCAGCACCUCCAGCACCGAGUGGACCGUCAUGGUGUGGCUGCUCAACGGCAAAUCGGUUCUCACCAUCGCCAAAGAGACGGGUCCCCUGCACACCGUCCACCCAAAUGUGACGGCCGAGAAAAGCGGAGACAGCUGGGUGUUUGUCAUAAACAGGACAGAGAGGCACAACCAUGGCCAAGUGACCUGUGACCUCCAGGGCAUUGCUGCGAAAACAGCAAACCUGUUUGUACAAGAGAAGGGCAGCGUGAAAGUGUUUUGGGACAAGAAGUUGGCUUUUGAGGGAGACUCGGUGCUGUUUAAAUGCCAAGCAGCAGGAUGGUACCCUUCGCCCACUGUGCAAUGGCAGGUGACUGACAAAAAGGUGAUCGAGGCCAAAUACAACAGCAGCACCGAAAAGUCGGGGACGCUCUUCACUGUAAACAGCAAUCUCAACGUCAUGGCAACGAGGAGCUCAGAUGUGUCCUGCCUGGCGUCCGUGUCCGCCCUCCCUGAGCCACUGAGGAGCAGCGUCCGUCUGAUAGUGGUUGCCGAGGUGGGGCUGGAGAAGGAAGCCGCCUGCACGCUGGCGCCUCUGGCGAUAAUGUCCACCCUCUUUGCUCUUCUGCUGCUCCUGCUGCUCUGCAUCGGCGCCGUCCUCUGGCACAGACGAAGGAGACAAGCAAAAGCGGGCACACAGGCGGCAGUGAGGUCCGACCAAUCAGUGAGCGGGGGGAGUUCGGUUGCCGAGGCGACAGAUGGGAAGGUAAACCUGGGAUAUUCUGGUGACGGCCCCACAGAUGCAGUUCACCAUGAGCUAAUCAUGGAAACCCUUAGGCCGGAGGACUUUGUCAGCUUUCACAAGGUCCCUGAUGUCGUGUCCUCCAGCCACCUGUCUCUACACAGGGACGGACUAAAAGAGCAGAACUCCACCAAUACCAGAAGAAUGACCACAGUUUGAAUUAUAAUAUUAAAUAUAAAAAAGGGGUGCCAACCCACCCUUGUACAGUAUUUACAGGUGGCCCCCUCGCCAGUGUUUUUAUUAUAUGAUGUUUCACAUAUUUGUAAAGUACGCUAUUCUCAUGUAAUCUAAAAAAAUAUAUAUAUAUAUACAGUAUAUUGUGACGCCUCUGACCUGUAAUGUAUGCAUUAAAAGCAGUUUUUAGAACAUACUUUAACUUUCAACGAAUUUAUCCUUUAUGUUUGGCUUAAAUGUAUGAUGUAAAGGGACUCCCUGAGCUGUUGCAUGUUGAUGGAUACCCGUAUCACAGCAUUUAAAUCUAAUCUUGUUUUCAGGUAAAUCACGCAGGACAUGCAUCUUUUCCUCUUGCAUAUGUGGAAGCAUCUCGGACUCUAUCGAUGUCCCAGUCAUGGAGCGGUGAUGGUUUUAACAUACGGUGUAGAUGGGAAAGGGUGAGAUGUAAAUUAAGACAAUGAGACUGGUGCUGCAAUGAGAAGCUGGUGGUGAGGCACUCUGCAUUAAUGCAUGAAAUAACAGAUUUAUCUCCGCGUGAAGUGGAUGACGGGACAUUUGCAUUUAAUAAUAGUAAAGAAUGGGGGCGGGGGGGGGAGAUGGUGGAGAGGGAGGUAUAUGGAUCUGCCAGACACGCAAUAGUUUCACCAGCAUUGCUGUUAUUAAAGCAGCCGGCGUGAAUUAAAAAGAUGACAUGUCUAAAAACAUAUAUUUUUUACCAAACUGCCGCAGUUUAUUAAUAAUACCCAUGUGUUAUGUUUCACAUUUCAGACUGAGCGAGUCCCAUGUGAGUUCAUUAAAUUAUUCUUAACAUGGGGUUAUUAUCAUUGUUCAAUAAUGUCAGAAUAUUUGACAAAAACUGCCUUUUUUCUGUAGAAUGCAGUGUCUUUUUUAGUAUUUCUGUGUGUAUGUGUUUUUACCUCCCUUAACAAUGUAAAAGUGUAAAAAUAAAUAGCAAGUCAUACAUUUGGCACCUUAAGCUUUCUUGGAAGGGAAUUACUCACUUCACU